CACAAGCUCACAGCCACAGGAACAUCUCCAAAAAGUGGAUUUGUUCUAAUCUGUUGCACCACACGUCUUCGGAGUAAGGUCUUAAACACUCGGAGCCGUCACGCCCAAGCACAAUAUGCGCGCAUUUAUGGUACUCGCCUGCGUGGCGCUGGCCUAUGGCCGCCCCGAGCCCCCAGUAGGCUACAGCUACUCUGCUCCCGGUAGGGGUAUUUCCCUUGGAGGACACUCCGGAGGCAUCUCUCUCGGCGGAGGUCAUUCGGGCGGCGGCAGUCUCUCGUUCGGUGGCGGCCAUUCCGGUGGCGGUCUCUCGUUCGGUGGUGGACAUUCCUCUGGAGGACUUUCAUUCGGAGGUGGAAGCAUCGGAGGUGGAAGCAUCGGAGGUGGAAGCAUCGGAGGCGGAAGCAUCGGUGGUGGAGCUAUUGGAGGUGGAUUCGGAGGAGAUGAUGGCGCAUACGCUGGUGGAUACUCUGGUGGAGCUCUUGUCCAGAAACACAUCUACGUCCAUGUGCCACCCCCAGAACCCGUAGAGCAGAGACAGCCCCGUAUCCCUGAAGUUGCUCCUCCUCAGAAGCACUACAAGAUCAUCUUCAUCAAGGCACCGACUCCUCCCACCCCCACUGCUCCCAUCAUCCCUGUUCAGCCCCAGAACGAAGAGAAGACCCUUGUAUACGUGCUUGUCAAGAAGCCCGAAGAGCAGCCCGACAUCGUCAUCCCCACUGCCGCACCUACUCAGCCCUCGAAACCAGAAGUCUACUUCAUCAAGUACCAGACCCAGAAGGAGGGCGGUAUCGGUGGUGGUGAUGCUGGCGGUAUCGGCGGCGGUGCCAUCGGCGGUGGUGCUAUCGGCGGCGGUGCUAUCGGCGGCGGUGCUCUCGGAGGCGGUGCUAUCGGAGGCGGCAUCGGAGGCGGUGACUUGGGCGGUAUCUCUCUUGGCGGCGGUUCCGGCUCUGGCAUCGGCUCUGGCAUCGGCGGUGGUGCUGGCGGUCAUGGUGGAAUCGAAAUCAGCGGUGACUUCGGUGCUAGCGGUGGUGACGACAGCGGAUCUGACGGACACAGCGGAGCCACCAGCUCCCAGUACGGACCCCCCGGACACGUGGCGGGACCUCUCCACUAAACGAAGAUUUCCUUGGGUGGUAGGAUAAUAAGUGGAGUUAUUUAUUGCUAAGCUAAAAUCAUGCCAGUCUUCAAUAUUACAAAAUAUUUGCGGGUUGUUCCCGCAUCAGGAAUGUUGGAAACGAUCCUGCCACCGCACACCGCAGCGCGCGGCCGAACGCCCUGUACAUAGUCACCUGCACCGCGUUCGCCUGCGAGCUUCCCUACGACAUAACACGACUCAUCGACUCAUCAUCGCCACUCAUCUACUUGUUAUUAGUGCACAGUGUUAAUGUUGUUCGAAAAGAGGCAUUUUACUGCGACUGUUAUGUUAUGUAUUAUAAUAUAGCUUUUUUUAUUUUUUAUAAUAAAACCAAAUGUG